AUGGUGCUGCCGAAGCCCAUUCCCGCUAUGGAGGACAACCCGAUCUCCGUGUCCCCCAACGCACUGAUCCUCUGCAUGCUGUCCGCUCUCGCGGUGAAACUGUUCGUUCCGACUGGCGACAUCGCUGUGGUUCUUGCCAUAGUUCUUCUUGUCAAGGUCUUGAGCUUUAUUUCGUGGACCAAGGACGACGAGGCCGGCAUUGACGACGAACUUGACGCUGGCUCUGCCAGCAGUCUAUUGACUGACGACGGCACCGGAUCGGCCUCCAACACCAACGGCAACACCAUCACGGGCACCAUUUCGUCUACGGCGUCGCCCACCAUUGACCUCGCUUUCGCACUUGACAGCUUCGAGAGCGCCUUUGACAGUUGCUUUCACAAGACCAUUGAAGAGAAUGCCCUCUCUGAGGCCCAGCUGACAGUUGCCAACCUCACUCUCCAUGACACUCUCACCCCGGGCCCUGUCCUCCGCAUCACCUACUAUGGGGAUGAAGACGAUUUCCUCCUUACUCAGUCAAUCCAGUCGGCCGCAUUUGGUGAGGUUGAUGACCCGGAUCAAUAUCACAACCGAGAGACCAAUUCCCACCAAGUCCCCGAUGCCGACAUUGAUGGCAAUGAGCUUCAAGUCGACAUGACCUCGGAGCUCGGCCACGAAGACAAGAAGGAGGAUGAUACCAUCGUCUCCGACCAGGAUGUUGAACACAACGAGGAUAUGUCCAUGAUUCAACUUCCCAACAUGAACGACUAUCGUCUCAGCGCAGGACUCGGCCAUAACACCUCUGAGAGCAUUGGGAACAUUGAGAGCCACUCGGACAUCUCCAGUGAUAUCGACGUCCCAGAAUCUGCCAACAUUGACGAGCUUGAGCAAUUUGACGAGCCCACACAAAACAAUGAUGAGCAGCAGGUGGAUGAGCAGAGCACCCAUGGUCUUUCUACUCCCAUCGACAAACUUCCCGCUUCCGAUGAAAUGAAAGUUGAAGGACGAAGCUUUUCCAACCAGCCCGCCUCCGACAGCAACUCCGACGACCAUGAAGAUGGACCAGCUGCCGUCUACGAGCACGACCGCGAAAACCUCUGCUCCGCUGAAAAGAUGUUUGACAAUCCUCUUCCUCGUCCCCGAUUCACCACAAAAUAUGCGAGCAUCGACGAUGACACCAGCCUGGAGUCUCCUGGCGACAAGUUCCGCCUCAAGCUUCAUACCAUAUUUGAAGAAACUGAAGAAGAACGGGAAAUGGUUCGUGAGAUCUUAAAGGCCCGCGGCCCAGCUCCGACCUACGCCCCAAUCCUCGAAAUGGCCCGGCUUCCCAGCCUCUCCGAUGACGAAUACGAGGAGCCCUCGCCGAAGUCGCUCGACAUCAGCAUUGAGUCGUCCAACUUUGACAUCCAUCCCUCGCUCGGGAAGACCCCGGAAGGCAAGCCCAAGCCGGCACCCAAAUCCGAGCUCCAGGUCUCACCGUCGCCAGAGCCCAAGAGAAACUCCUUUUCCUUCCCCCGUCCGGCCAAGACCACCACCGCAUUGACGACUAGUUGCGAAGUUAUUUCCAACUAUGCUUCCGCACCUCCCACACCACCCACUACUCCCAGUCCGAUUGUCGUCAAAAGCUCUGACGACACCUCUUGCAAGCAUGCCACAGCUUCGACCACAGCCUCUGCUGUCCACAUCGAGGAUGCCAAUGUUGCCGGCACUUCCAUCCAGAGCAACUCCUUGAGCUCCGACUCCGAAUCGGACGAGCUUGACUACUUUCUCCGACAGACAGGCUUGGACGUGAUUGCCUCGCCCGCCGACAAUUCCUCCAACGGCAACGGUACCAAUCCAGCCGAUCCUAUCACAGACAGCACAGCCACCGGCAUCGUCCCUGAAUCAAUUCCUACCAUCAACAUGACGCUCGCAGAGUCGAUGCAGGAGGCCUGGGAAACCCUUUCUUUGCACUCGACUGACAGUCUCGACGCUGCUGAUGAGUAUGGCCGCAAUUAUGAACGUCUGUGCGGCAACAGCCUCCCACGAUGCACCUGGGCCCUGCUCGACAAGCCUGUUGCCUUUGGAAAAUGCAGCGGUCCGCUUCUGAUGCUCACAACCCCCGAGGGAGACAUCAAAUACCCGGAAGACAUGAAGUACUAUGAUGGUGCCUUUAACUGGGCCGACGACAGCGACGAGGAGGAGGAGGGCGACUCGGACACCUAUGCUUCCCUGUCUCCUGCUGCUACAAAGUCGAUUUGA